AUUAGAUAAACAGACUAAUGCAAUCGAAAAGCAAAGUGUGUAAAUAAGCAGCAGAGAGAAACAGGAGGAGGAGGAGGAAGCGAUACAAAGCGGUAAAAAAAAGAAGACACGGGGCGGCGCCGCGGCGGCGACAACAACACAGCGAGCCAUGGAGCAGGGUGAGAACAAUCUUCUAAUACUACAUAAUGAAUGACCCAAUAAAUACAGAGACAUGUCGAAGGCUACAGCAUCUACAAAGAGUUGCGGUGUGGAAACUGAAGAAGGCGAAGAACUUGGAAAACAAAAUGCAUGUGUAGGAAAAAUUAAAACACCAACUGUCACAUUGCAAGAAUGGCAGCAACAACAACCAUUCAUAGAAAUGGUGGACUCUCCUAGAGGAGAGGAAAAUGCAGUACAAGAGGGAGAGGCUUCUUCUAAGACGGACAAGGAGGAGACAGAAGCAGACAAGUGUCACAGUGGGAGCCACUCAAGUACUGUCAAUGAAACUACAGCAGAAAAAAUAAAUGUUGAAGGAGAGAACAAUGGAGAGGAGGAUGAGGAUGAGAUUGAAGAUGAGAAUGAGGAUGAAGGAGAUGAGGAAGAAGAGGAACUUAAGAACAACAGACUGAAUAAAUUGAAGGAACUGGAGCUUUUGGAAGAAGAGCAUGAAGAGGAGGAUGAGGAUUAUGAAGAAGUAGAAGAAGAAGAGGAGGAGGAGGAGGAGGAGGAAGAGGAAGAGGAGGAAAAUGAAGAUGAAGAUGAAACUGAGGACGAGGAUAUAGACGUAGAGAAUUCUGAUCAAGAAGAGAGAAUUGAUGAAGAGACUGCAAAAGAGAAUAAUGUAAAAAUAAAUGAAAAUGAAGAAUACAAAAAGGACAUUAGUGAGAGGCAAGAAAAAAAAGUUGAUAACCAUGAAGACAAAAAAAUAAAGCAAACUGUAAAUACAACAGCUGAAGAAGAAGAAGUAGGGGAAGAAGAGGAAGAGUGCAGUGGUAAAAUGAAGAAAGGAGAUGUUGACCAAGAAAAAGAAGAUGUAGUGGAGGAAGAGGAGGAGGAGGAGGAGGAGGACGAGGACGAGGAGGAGGAGGAAGAAGAAGAAGAAGAAGAAGAAGAAGAAGAAGAAGAAGAAGAAGAAGAGGCAAAUGUCUGCACCCCAGCAUGGAGGAGAGAGGAGAUGACAGAGACAGAGACAGAGGAUUCCGAGGUGGAAGAUUUUCCAACAGAGGGACUGCUGCAGGAGCUCCACUUUCUCAAUGCUAGCUGUGAAAGACCACAGCUGCAGAAGUGUCCCCCUUCCCAGGUGCAUAAAACUCCUAAGAAGCAGAGGAAGCUGGACUUCACCUCUCCAGCCAAAGACUCCAGCAGAGUGAGAAGAGGAGGGAGUAGUGUUAAGAGGAAGCGGGGCAGCAGGAGCACCACCCCGUCACCCCGCAAAUAUGGGCCAGGCACAGGCCAAAGUCCAAAGGCAAAGUACAGCAAGAAGAGCCCUGAAAUGAGAGCGAUGAAGACAGUGGAGGAGGACAACAAGAAUAGCUCUAGCUCUGAGGAUGAGGAUGAUGAUGAGGGUGCCUUGACCAUUGUGGCACAUGAAGAGACACCUAAAAAGAGGAAAGGAACGCCCUCUCCCAAGUCACGAAAGAAAAUGCGUGGAGAGGGAGGCACAGAGCCGGGGGAGGUGCCGCAGGAGGUGAUUGAGCUGAUCCAGUCAGGCAUAGAUGAAGUGCUUGAGGAGAAGGCCGAGCGCACACACCUCACUGCCAUCCAUGUCAAGAACAUCAUCAAGAAUGUGAUGACAGACGAGAAUGUCUUGACGAUGGUGAGGAACACAGUCCUGGGCAUCCCUGUGGGUGGCUCAGCGGAGUCAGCGGUGUACGAGCCAACCCUCACCCGUGCCAAGACCAAGGAGCUGAUGGAGCAGCAGGCAGCAGGCGGCAUCCAGGGCAACAUCUGGGCUGGACUGUCCAAUCACACAGCCACAGUCACCAACACCUUCACCCCAGAAACUCAGGCCCUUGUCUCGGUGGACUUCCCCGAGGAGGAUGAGGAUGAAGAGUACAAACCAGAGGCUGAUGACCAACUCCACAGUGAUGAGGAGAGUUUAGUGUCGGCUGCCUCCCCCUGCACCCCAUCCAGUGUCCAGUCUGCCUCCACACCCGGCUCCCACCGUAGCAUCAACACCCCGUCCUCAAGCAGAAGUGGUGUUGGGACGCCCUCCAGCCAGCAGCCGAUGAUGUUCAAGACCCCUAGCAAUUCACAUAAGAAAAGUGUUCAGCGUGUUCUCUCCUUCGACAAGACAUCAAAACAAGAGGAGGUGGUCAGUCAGCGAACGCGGUCAAAACUGCCGCUGACAGAGACACCGCUGGAGUGCCUGGAGAUGGCCUUUCAGCCCCCAGACGUGACUACGGACAUGUACGAGACGGAGGUGGACAAUGAAGAGUGGAAGGAGUUCCUCAUCGACUUUAUCCACCCACUGAAGAGCACUGAGAUUGGAGAGGAUGAGGAGGCUGACCCCGAGUACAACAUUCUGGAGGAUAAGGAGGAUGCUCUGGACCUGAGAGAGGAGAUGCGAGGAGACCGAGCUGUCCAGAUAUCCAAAAAGGAAAUCCACCAGCUGAUGACCGAGUUGCUGGACACCCUUGAUGGGGACGAGAGAACUGAGCCUAUCAGGGCUCACCUCUCCCAACACUUUGUUUCUAAAGAGGCAAAAAAGUCACCCUUUAAGAGUCCUCACAUAUGCCAGCCAGAUGAAAACCAGGAAGAUGGGCCACCGCCUGCAGCCAUCUGGGUGGAGGUGCUGACAGCUAAAUUCUCCUCAACACAACUGGAGGUGUUACAGUGCCAGAUGGCACAGCAUACGCAGCUGUUGACCACCUCGGUGCUCAUGGCCCAUCGCAGCCACCAAUAUCCGGAGCUUAAGAGUGUGGCAGAUGCCUGUGUUGAAAAUUUGGAAGAAAUGAAGAAGAAUUCAGAAGCCAGCCAUUACACAAAUUCUUACUUCUGCUCCUUCAACCUCCAGUCAUCCCUUGACAUGAUCAACAGUCUUAAAAGUAGAGACUCAGACACCAAGAAACAAGAGCCGGGCAACAGCAGCAGUAGCAGCUCCACUGAUAUCCCUAAUGAGCUUGUGGAGUUGGUGAUGAACUCUACAGCUUUCCCUUACCCCGAACUGCUACCGACACGCAUGUUCCAAGUGCCCAUCAUGCGUGGCUUCAACAAAGUCAUAUUUGUCCCUUCAGAAGACAUGCUGCUGGCUCUGGGCCUGAAGUAUCACCUGAGCCCAAAGUACUUUGAUGAUAAGUACAAAAGGACUCAGCACCAGAUGCUGAUGGAGGCACUCAAUGAGACCACCAAGAGCACCCUGGUGGCCAAGACUCUUCGUCAGGCCGUGAACAGAGUCAGGAACAUAAAGAGCCGUUUACGGAUCACUCCCAAUAAUCCAGUGCUGAAAUACCUUGAAACUGGAACUCUGGACCUUCCUCCUUCCAAAGUUGAGCCACUUCUCUCCAGUGUCCCAUGUCCUGUCAGUGCCUUCCCAGAAGAUACAUUGAAGAAUCCCUUUAAGGCUGUGGUGAAGAAGGAGCAGGCUAAGAUGAGGGCAGCACUACAGAAGACAGCACGUGAAGUAGCCUACCAGGCUGCCAAGGCUCUUGAACGCAGGACCUUGGAGUCUAAAUUCAAAGGCAUAGGAGGAAUACAGAACCAGAUCCACAAUAUUGUGAUCAUCCAGCCUACACCAGGAAACCUGGUGAUGCCUGCAUCCCCCUUUUACACCACCCCUACACUACCAUUACAAGCCAUUGUUAAGCUGCCAGAGACACCAACAUUGCCUCUUAAAGAAAAUAGUCAGCCUAAAAAGGAUGUAUCAAGUUCUCAGACUGUAAUGUCAGAGAAUGGGCACUUUGCUCGAACUGUAACAUCAGACAAACAAGCCAUGAAGAAUACCAGUGAAGACAAAGGGAAAAGCAACCCUGCCAACUUAGCAGAGAAUGUGAGGGUCGAGAAUACUCCAACCUGUGAUGAAACAGCGGCAUCUCACACAGAAAAGGACAAACCCUCAAGGGACCUGUCUGUGAGUCAAGCACAAAACGAGGAAAAGAUCUUGGAGGAAAAUUCCAUAGCCCAGUGUGAGUCUUUGAUCUCAGCAAACAAAGACACAGAGAUCCCAGCACAUGACAGUGAUUGGGACAGCAAUGAUGAUGGUGAGGCAGAAGGGCCAGGAAGCGACAGGGUAGAGGUAGGAGGAGAAGCAGUUACCCACAUGGAAGGAAAUACUGUAGUGGAUGAUGAAAGACAACUCCAAGAAAGUGAUAAACAAAUAAAUGACACUAAGUCUGUGAUAAAUACUCAGUCAGAUGCCACAUCUAAAGCAAAUACUGUGAAUAGUGAAUCUGCCAGUGAAUCUCAAAGCAUCCCGGAAAAGGAGAAAAAUGAAGGUGCUGGUACUGAAAAUAUCUCGCUGCCACAAACCUCACAGGCAAGUCCAGUUUCCCUUUGUGAGAGCAGCCCUCCUUGCACCCCAGAGAAGCUUUCCCCAGCAGCCCCACCUUUCCCAAGCCAGCACCUGUAUCUGUGCACACCCUUCACCACCCCACAGAAGCUUGGGGACCAGACCAGUAGCCCCACAAGCCACUCCACAUCCCCCCUCUGCACACCCAUCCUCACAGCACCUUCCCCAGCUGGCUCUGCAGAUGAAGCACUUCAGGGACUCAGACAAAGAAACUUAACAGCUGAGUUAGAGACAUCUGAAGAACCACACAGAGCAUCAAGCAGUCUAGUCAAGAACAUGCCAUACAGUCAGGGGCAGAAUGUUGAUGCAGUUACAGGCAAAGGAAAGGCCACAACACCCCUACGAAGAGUGACGGAGAGCCCCAUCAUUGACCGCAGUGGUGCUUUGGUUACAUCAGUGUAUGAAGUUCCGGUUUUGAUGAAGGAGAAAGGGAAACGGUCACUCCGCUUAAUCAACAUCACUCCUAGCAAACCUGAGACUCGCCAUCGCAAGAUUUCCCCAGCAAAGACUUUCAGGUCGCCAAUAAAGACAUCUCCAAUGAAACAAGUCUCGCCCAUCCUGCGGAAGUACCACAAAUAUUCUCCCAAGAAGAGGCACAUCAGAUCAGGAAAGCUCCUGCCAAUCUUGCCAAAAUUAACCAAGCCAUCAGUGCACCGCAGACUGGCCCCCAAGCCCCAGAAGGUGCUACCGCCCACUGAGGGGCUGGAGAAUGCAGGCGCCCAGGGAAAGGGACCUCGACACCCCUCACGAUGCGAGAGUGUGCUGCACAGACCUGAGCAAAACCAAGGAGAGAACAGCGACCUUCUUCCCCUUGAGGACCAGCUGGGAGGAGAUGGGGCAAACACGUCCCCUCGACCCCCCACAAGGCAGCACCGCAUAGAGGAUGACUUUGAAGAGGACACUCUAGAGGAGGAAGAGGAGGAGGAAGAAGAUGAGGAGGAGGAAGAUGAAGAGGAGGAGGAUUUGGCAGCAGAACAACAACGAGAGGAGCACUUGGCAGCCCUCCUGAAGGCCUCCUCGACCAUCACUCUGAGGCGGGGAGGUGGAGGAGGGGGUGAUGGGAUGGGUGGUGAACAUGGGGAGCGAAGACUCACAAAGCAACAACGGAGGCUUCAGGCACGCAUCUCAGCCCUGGCCUCCAUCCCUGACCCAGCCGCUCAGGACAAGCUCAUGGCCCAGAGUUACCUGAUGAGAGUGAGGGAGGCAUUAGUGGCCCAGGAUCCUGCUACAUUCAAGAAGUUCCUUUUCAUCCUUAAUGACUUCACCGAGAGUCCUGAGAAGAGCCCAAUCCAGCUGUACAAUCAACUGUGUGAGGUUUUAUCAGAUUUCCCACAACUAUUGGAAGAGUUUGUGGCCUUUUUGUUACCCCAGCAAGCCAUCGCAUUGGGAAAGUAUGCCCAGUACUGCACCAUCCACCGAAUGAGAGACUUUCUGGAGAAACUGGAGCUUCAGUUUGGCAAGCAGCCGCAGUACAUUCAGAAGAUUGUCCGGCUGCUGCAGAGCUUCCAGGGGCGGCCUGACCUGGACUUGGCCGAGGUGAAGGCUGCCAUCACCCCAUUGCUGCGGUACCCUCACCUAGUGGAGUCCUUCACCCAAUGCUUCCCCUCUCAGCCACCACCACCCAGUUUGCAGAAUGACUUUGAGGACUUGCAGCUGGACCGGUCUGGCUCGGUAGACAGCAUGGAAGACUUGGUGCUUCCUGAUGAUGAUGCCAACUCCUCCCCCAACCAGUGUGCAUGUCCCUGUCACUCCACUGCCCCCUCCAUCCAGCCCCCCACCCAGCCAGCUGCCCAUUCACAACAGAUGCGAAUUGACCACUGCCACUCCUGUGCUCUCAGAUUCUCAGAAGGGCGAGUGUACCUCCAGUGUGGCAAAACAUUGCGGCCGGCAAGAGUCACCUACACAGAUAGCCGGAGGGGAGUCAAGGUGACACCCUUCGGGGAGUCCAGCAGCGAGGUGCAUACUGAUGCCAUCAAGGAGUCUGCCACUACUUGACCCUCCAAACAGUAAAAUUCAUACAUCUGCUCAUUAGCAUCUCAGUAAUGGACUUUCCCAUCCUCUCGCCUGAUAGAUUGUCGUAGAUCUGUCAAGUGAGAACACAUGAACAAAUCAUCAUCUCACAUUGGCAUUGUUGUGCUUCAUUCCAUCUGUAAGACACUUUCUUCACAAUUACAUCAUCUCUUUCUUGGUCUUCUACAUGGCCUCUCCUUGGACUGCCAUUCCAUAAAUUCCCUGACUAUAUUUGAAGAUGACAUUCAUCUAACAUGGGUUCAGCUACUCUGUAAAGGUGAUUUUUUAUUACAUUACUGAGCAAACUUUUUCUCUAGGUCAGAGACAAGCAUGGAAGCUUCAGAUAAGAUUGCAUCUGCUCACACCACCUUAGUAGUGGACUAAGAUACUAUACAAAGGAAAAAUUCAGCUGUGCUUCCAAACUAUCUCCCAAAUACUAUGGUUAGAGAUAAAAAUUGUGAUAAGAAGUUAGAUAUUAUAAUUAUGGUCAAUGCUAGAUAAUUUAAGAGGGUUACAAAGCUUGCACCUUAAAUCUUUGAUUGGAAGUCCAUACAUAUAAAGAGGUAAUACAAAAUAUUCCAGUAUUACAUUUGAUAAAUCAAAGGUUGUUUUUCUCUUGAACUUAAAAUGAUGGCUCUUGGCCUCGGGUGCUGCUCCUACAAAGAAGUUUAUUCAAUUCUUAAUUUUCUUUGAUUUUUAAGUGUAUUCAAAAUAGAUAGGCUGUAUAUGUAGAUGAAUGAUUAGCUAAAUGAUGCUAACAUCAUCAUGAGUAUCAUCAUCAUCAGCAGCAGCAGCAGGAGCACCCAAUUUCUUGCAUCAACUAAAUAAACAAGAUAGCACUGACUGCAUUGUAGGCAAAGGAGUAAAGAUGACCCCAUGAAGUGGGCCUCACCACACUCACCCAUGGCAAAUUUAAACCAUUUACAAGACAUAUUGGCAAAGAUGAUGAUGUUUUUAUUAUUGUAGAGGUGAAUUUAAACCAAAUUAUAUAUUUUUAAUACAUUA